AAAGGGCGGUGCCACACCGGCUGGGCUCGCUGUCACCUGGAAGUGCUUUGUGUUGCUAGGUAACGCCGGGCAGCGUCUCGGGCCGGGAAGAUGGAGCAGUACAGCCUGCUGGGCCGGAUCGGGGAAGGAGCUCAUGGGAUCGUCUUCAAAGCCAAACACAUCGAGACGGGUGAAGCUGUUGCUCUGAAGAAGGUGGCACUGAGAAAACUGGAGGAGGGUAUUCCCAAUCAGGCCCUACGAGAGAUUAAAGCUCUACGGGAGAUAGAAGACAAUCCAUAUGUAGUUAAACUGAGAGAUAUGUUUCCACAUGGCACAGGGUUUGUGUUGGUCUUUGAGUACAUGCUCUCCGACCUUUCUGAGGUCAUCAGGAACUCUGACCAGCCGCUGACUGAGGCCCAGGUUAAAGGCUAUAUGAUGAUGCUGCUGAAAGGGGUCAAGUUCUGCCAUGAGAAUUCCAUCAUGCAUCGGGACCUAAAACCAGCAAAUCUUCUGAUCAGCUCCACCGGCAUUCUGAAGAUUGCCGACUUUGGCCUAGCCCGGGUUUUCUCCAAUGACCGGGGACGCUUGUACAGUCAUCAAGUAGCCACCCGAUGGUACAGAGCCCCUGAACUGCUAUAUGGAGCCCGCAAGUACGAGGAAGGAGUGGACUUAUGGGCGGUCGGCUGCAUAUUUGGGGAGCUCCUGAAUGGCUCUCCUCUCUUCCCCGGAGAGAAUGACAUUGAACAGUUGUGUUGCGUCCUGCGGACUUUGGGGACACCCACCGCUAAAACCUGGCCUGAAAUUACCGAACUGCCAGAUUAUAACAAGAUCUCAUUCAAGGAACACCGGCCUCUUCCUCCUGAGCGGAUCGUACCGGACACUUCCCCCGAAGCCCUGCAGCUUCUCAUGCGAUUCCUGGUGUAUCCGUCCAGCCACCGGAUCCGAGCGACUGAGGCCCUCGUUCACCCAUAUUUCUUCCUUGAACCCCUUCCCGCACACCAUUCUGAGUUGCCCAUCCCCCAGAGAGGUGGCAGAAGAAACCGGCAGCUCCAGAGGGAGUUUCAUACAGAACAGCCUGUGGGUGACAGUUUGCUGGACCCCGCACUGGUCAGUGAUUACCUCCAAGGACUCUGACCUAUGGUGGCCACACAAGCCUUUUAUAGUAUGGACCAACCCGAGACUGACAUUCAUUGUAAAUGACUCAGAAGACUUGUUGUGUUGGCCGUACUCCAUGAUCUGAGUCUUCCAGAACUCGUGGCACCAGCACACAACAAAACAUGUUAUCAUUUUAUCACACAACUGUGUAUAUGUAUAUAUUUCUUAGAGGGGGUUGUUGAUCUACAAGUAUGUUCUUCAAUGUAAUGGGUCGGAUCUACUGAGAUUUGUGCUCACCUUAAUGUACACCCUUCAGGGGAAAAUGAUGGAGGCUGCCAUUGCUAACCUGCCCUCUGAGAAUGCUAGUUGCCUGUCCUAGAGAUACUUUGUAUACUUUUCUGUCACACUGCAUGGUUGCUCGGGAUCAAGUUUUGAAGCCAGAGCCAUGCAAUUAUCAUUUUUUGUUUUAAGGUGGCCCUUGUACUCCUCACAUGACAGGUAGGGAGAGAAUAUAGUAGAUGCAAUUGCUGCCCUCUUUAAAGCGGAGUUCCGCCGUAAAAAAAAAAGUGUUUUAAGUCAGCAACUACAAAUACUGC